CAUUCUAUACUAGUAUACUGUUACAUUUUAAGUUUAAAAAUGUUAACCAAAAAUAUUUGCGUUUUCGCUUACAAUAAAUGCAGUCAAAAGUAUUUAACGAAAAUAUUAUGUAAUCGGCUGUACAGUGAGAGCAAAAGUGUUAAGACACCGCUUUACGACUUACACGUUAAGAAUGGGGGCAAAAUGGUGGAUUUUGCUGGAUUUCUCCUGCCAGUGCAAUACUCGGACAUGACUGUGUCCGCUUCUCAUCUGUUCACGAGAAAGAGUGCGUCAAUAUUCGACGUGUCCCACAUGCUGCAAACCAACGUCAACGGCAAAGACAGCGUAGAGUGGUUCGAGUCGAUUUGUCCCGUGGAUCUAAAAGGUAUGGCCAACGGUUCGAGCUCCCUUACCGUCUUCUUGAACGAGAAAGGAGGUAUCAUUGACGACUUAAUAGUCACAAAAGUGGCCGAAGAUAGACUGUACAUCGUAUCCAACGCUGGGCGCUUGGAGGUCGACAAACAGCACAUGCUGGAGACUUCGGAUAUUUAUAGCAAGAAGGGAAAAGAUGUCAAGGUUGACUUUUGGGACUGCAGCCAGCGCGCCCUGAUCGCAGUGCAGGGCCCGAACGCGGCUUCCAUACUGCAACCGUUGACGGAAUUCUCGUUGGAAGAUCUAGUCUUCAUGACAUCGAAAACUGGUAAAGUAGCCGGAGUGGACUGCAGAAUAACCCGCUGCGGGUACACCGGGGAGGAUGGAGUAGAGAUAUCGAUUCCGGCCGACCAAGCGAACACUGUCACCGAGGCGCUGCUCCAAUCUAAAGACAUGAAGCUGGCCGGUUUAGGCGCGAGGGACUCCCUGCGUUUGGAAGCCGGGUUGUGUUUGUACGGGAACGAUAUCAACGAGGAUAUUACACCGGUCGAGGCGGCUCUCACUUGGCUCGUUGCAAAGAGACGCAGAACUGAACAGAAUUUCCCGGGGGCAUCGAUCAUUGUUCGACAGAUCAAAGAGGGAGUACAGAAGAGAAGAGUAGGCAUCAGACUAGAGGGCGCACCGGCUAGAAGAGGGGCAGUUCUGAAGGACGACAAAGGAACCACUAUCGGAAACGUUACCAGUGGCUGCCCAAGUCCAUCCCUAGGAGGCAACGUAGCCAUGGGCUACGUGUUAGAACAUCUGAAGAAACCUGGCACCCCUCUCGCAGUCAACAUCAGAGGCAAGGAUAUCCCCUGCGUCGUCUCCAAAAUGCCCUUCGUCCCCGCCAAAUAUUACAUUAAAAAAUAAACACACCAACGUU